AAUAUCAACAGUUGAAUCCUUAUUAUUAUAAUACAUUCAAAUGAUGGAUACUCUUUUGUACAUUGAAACCUGUGAAACAUUCAACAAUUCAACAUUAAUUGCUAAUUUAGCCAAGUUAAUUAGACAACAAUUUCAAGUGAAAAUAAUGUUACAAUUGAAUGAGAGAUGAAAAUAAAACAAGAUCCAAACAAAUGAUCAUUUAACAUUUAACAUGUAAUAGGAAACCUUCACAAAUCAACUAACAAUUAAUCAAAGCAACCAACAAAAAAUAUGACUAUCAAUCGUUACAAUCAUCAUCACUCUCCUCAUCAUUAUCACUUCCAUUAGGAUCAACCUCACAACUCUUCAUCUUACCCUGAGUCGACUUUUUCCAGUGUUUUUACCUUCAACUUGUUUGGCGAAAAAAGAAUCUAAAUUUUGACCUUUUCUUUGCCGAAAUUGUUGAAUCUUUUUUGUCUAUUCUUACCUUUCACACUCAUCUUUAUUUGUGUUUAAAUGUGCCAAAUGACCGUAAUUAAACAAUGACUUUGAAUCAAGUUUGUACAGUUAUUUCCUUGAUUGCAAUCUUUGCAACGGUUUUCCUUUUACCUUUGAUAUUAUUGUUUGGUGAAGAUGUGGCCAACAUUGAACGAUCUUACAAUGAACCUCAUUUGGACCUUUUUUCCGAUUCCGAUGACAAUUCGAGCAACUUUUCCAUCAACAUUUCCACACUGGAUUCAGAUGAAGAUCCUGAAACUCCAAUUUGUGCCAACAUUUAUGAUUUCCCUUGCCAUCGAUCAUUUGAUCAGGAUAAUCAAGUUAUUUGUUUAAAUCGCGAUUAUCAGUGUAACAAAGUAAAAGACUGUCCAAAUGGUGAAGACGAGGAAGAGUGCAAUGACAUUUAUGGCGCUCUUGAUGAACACUUUACUCGUCAGGCCAAAAAAUGGGGAACUUUAAUUGUCUCAAACAAAUCACAAUCUAACUUUAUCCAUGCUAAUUGCACUUUAGCUGACAUUUAUCAAAGUCGCUGUCCAUGCAUUCUCAAUGAUAGCCAACGAAUCUUGUGUACAAACCAUGAUUUCACUGAAAUACCUUCAAAUCUGUCGACAACGAUAACAGUUCUUAAUCUUGAUAAUGGUAAAAUCGAUUCAAUUGAUUCUCAAGUAAUUGCCAAAUAUUUCAAUUUAACAACAGUUUCAUUGAAAAACAAUCGUUUAACAACAAUCAAAUCUGAUUCAUUUUCAUCUUUAAUCCAACUGAAAAGACUCUAUCUGAUUGGAAAUGAAAUCAAUCACAUUGAUCAAGAUGCAUUCCAAAAGUUGAUUAAUCUUAAAUUUCUAGAGCUUCAUACAAAUCGUUUGGAAAAUAUCGAUGCUGCUCAAUUGUUCAAAGGGUUGACAAAACUUGAAACUUUGUAUCUGGAAUUUAAUCAGCUGAAAUCCGUUGGAAAAUUUCCUCAUCUCGAUUCGUUAAGAUGGAUAGAUUUGAGCAACAAUCAAUUGACAGAGAUUCAAGACAUUUUCCGCAACCUUGUUUCCUUGAAAGUAUUGAAUUUAAGCUCUAAUAAACUUAAACGAUUACCAGCCGAUGCGUUUCAUUAUAAUAAGAGAUUGAUUCAUUUGGAGGUGGCUCUUAAUUCAAUUGAAUCUAUCGAUGUAACAGCUUUCCAUAAUCUUCGAGAUUUACGUAAAUUGAAUCUGAGUUACAAUCCGUUGACAACUUUACCUCGACAUGUUUUCAAAGAAUCAAAUGCACUUCAAUCGCUUGAUUUAUCUGGAAUCGAGAUUCGAAAUAUUCAUCCGGGACAUUUCAAUCGAACCGUUGCACUUCGUCAUGUGUACUUUUCCAAAUUUCGAUACUGCAUGUAUGCUCCUCGUGUGAGAGUUUGUAGACCGUUUAGUGAUGGUGUCUCAUCGGUCAAACAUUUACUCCUUUAUCCAAUUCUCAGAAUGUCUGUCUGGAUAGUCGCUGGUAUAACUUGUGCUGGUAACACUUUGGUUCUUGUUUGGCGAUCAAUGGCCAAGAAAGAGCACCAAUCCCUCUCGUUAUUGGUUAAAAAUUUAGCCAUUGCUGAUCUGAUGAUGGGAAUUUAUUUGGUGGUCAUUGGCUCAUAUGAUCAAGUUUUCCGUGAAAAAUAUAAUAAUUAUGCUCUACAAUGGAUGCACUCAUGGAAGUGUAAUUUCUGUGGAUUUUUAGCCACUCUUUCCUCUGAAUUAUCAAUUUUCAUUGUUCUCAUGAUAACCAUUGAAAGAUAUCGAAGUAUCACCAUGACUUGUCGACUGGUAACCCUUCGAUGGACUGCAUCUAUUCUUCUUCUAAUCUGGACUGUCUCGCUUGCAGUUUCACUCUUUCCUAUUUUAUACUGGUCAGACCCUGAAGACCCUCUCUAUUAUGCUUCAAACGGAGUUUGUUUUCCUCUUCACCUGGAAGAUCCUUUCAUGUUUGGCUGGCAAUUUUCCACGUUUAUCUUCCUCGGCAUAAACUUGCCCGCUAUUGUGGCCAUUAUUGGUUUAUACACUCGACUAUUUCUUGUAAUUAAAAGAGAUCGUCAGCUAACUCGACCUGCUUUAUUGGGAAAGGCAGAUCAUGAAGAUGUUAUCCUCGCUUUUCGAUUCUUUUGUAUUGUUGUCACAGACUGUCUUUGCUGGGUACCAAUUGUGUCGAUCAAAAUAUUUUCAUUUACCUACAUGUACAUAUCACCUAAAGUAUAUGCUUGGCUGGUUGUAUUUAUAUUACCCAUCAACAGUGCCUUAAAUCCAAUGAUAUACACGAUUGCAGCUCCAACUGGCUUUCGUCGCAAGGCAACUAAAUAUCUCAGACAAGCUCGUCGUCAUUUAGGACCGUUACUUGGUUGGACUUCAUCUGGAUCAAUGCACCAAGAUCGUUAUUCUUCUUCAGUUCCUUCAAAUGGAACGAGUUCACUUGACCACACGAGAUCAAGUAAUUGCUCGGUUUUAUCGAUGGCGGCUGUUAAUUCAAUCACCAAAAAUGGAUUAAUCACGAACCAUGUAUCCUCCGAGAAAGAGAUCGUUAAAAUGAGAAUCAAAUGAGAUGAAGCAACGAUUCAGAAAAAUUUACAAGACAGAAACUGACUUCUGUGGAUGUGUCACAAUCUUUUCCAUUGAAACGUUCAUUUGUUCAAUUGUGAUCAAUCAAGGUUUCUUAAAUACUUUCGUUUCAAAUGUUUUUGUAAAUAAUGUAACUUAUCAUUUGACAUUCAACUCAUUGUUGUUAUUAAUAUUCAUGUUGUACUGUUAAAUUUGAUUAUAAAUUUGUACAUACCAACAAAUUCUCAGUAAAAGAAACAUUCUUUAACAGG